UAGAUACAUCCCUCAACCCCAUGAAACCAGUUUGCUUUCAAAACUCAGAAGAGACUGAUCAAAAAUGGCGAACAAGAUCAUAUAUGUAGACUUAAAAAUUUUACCAAAGGCAAGAGAGUCUCCAACUUCAGAUUCAGGAGACAGGAACACGUAUGCAGUCCUGCAAAGGCCUCAGAACUUGGAUAGCCCAUCAGAGACUUCCCCCUCUGGCCCUGGCUCUCAGUGUUCAUUCUGGCUCUAUGUUACUCUAGUCCUGGGAAUUAUUGCACUGAGUCUGCUGCAUGCAUUGAUCUUCUUGUCUAUGCAGGGUUUCAGCUGUCCUGAUAACGCCCAAAAUUCAUCCAAAGAACUCCGUGUAAAUGCUUCAAUGAUGCUGGCCAAAUUAAAAGAAAACCUAUGUGGAAAGGAAGGGAGCAGGAAAGCAGAACAUGCCCCAUGUGAGUACUGCCCAGUCAGAUGGGUUCUGCAUGAGAGGAAAUGCUACUACUUCUCUGAGAAGAAGAAAACCUGGAGUGAUAGUGAGAAGUACUGCAGCUCCCAGACUUCUAGCCUGGCUGUGAUUGACAGCGAGGAGGAGAAGAACUUUAUAACAACCAUGCUGACGAAAGCACGUGGCUACAGCUGGCUUGGACUAACUAAGGAGAACAAUAGAUGGAUGUGGGUGACUGGAGAUGUAUUACUGCCAAAAAUGUUUCAUAUGAAAGAGGUCAGCAGCAGCAACUCCACCUGUGCAGUUUUCCAUGUGACUGGUAUACAGGCUGAGAAGUGCUUCAAUCCCAACAAAUGGGUCUGUGAGAAAAACACCAUGGAAUUUCCAACCCUAUUUGAACGCCUGCAGGACUGAAAUUCCCCUGACACCACUGCUUUUCCCAUGACAGACACAUUCCAUUAUGCAUGCAGGCCUGAGUGCUUACCAGGGACUGAAUUGAAAAAAAUAAUUUCCUCUGCCCAUGACAUUAACUGCUCAUAUUCACUCAUGUGCCUGUGUGUGCAGUGCCCAGAGAGCCCAGGUCACUUCAGCAAUGUUUUGGCUACACAUUAAAAAGAGAAGUGAUCCUUGUUAGGACAAGACUAGGAGCGGUCUUAUGGUGCGCCCUGUAGGGCCUGCACCUGUUGAUGUCCACUGUGGGUAGCAGAGCACAUGGUUGGAUACCAAUGUACAUGACCAAAUGAACACCUCUUUUAUGCAUACUCUAGAACUUAGUCUGAAGAAAGAGUGCGUGUGUAUGCACUCCCUGAUACUGGGGGGUUGGGCCCCUUCAAAAAGCUCAUGAUAGAGUAUAUAUUAUAUGUAGUUAAUAAGCUUCUGUCUCAUCCAAGAAUGUUCAAAAUGCAUAGUUUCAUAGAUGGCCUGUCACCGCUUUUUGAAAAGUUGUAUGCUUGCCCUUUCCUAUUAAA